AUGCAGGGUUUUCGUUCUGCUCUUUCUAUCCCAAAGCGGGACCCGUCUUUAUUUUCCCGGCUGCUCAACCUCUCCCCAUCUCCUUCCCCUCCUUUCACCCCCGCCGCGUCUUCCUUCCGCCGGCUGUUCCCAGGGGCGAGCACCGUAGCGGAAGGCGGAGCCCCCGGCGACUGCCGAUUCCAGCCGCUGACGCUGCUGCCAGAGGAUCACGAAAAUGCGGAGGCUUCUAACGAGUACGACUACGCGGCGUGCGCGGAAGAGGACCUGGACGCGUACCUCGAGUCGCUUCCCAAGUCGAACCGAUGGACAGAGCUCGAAGCGUCCUGCGCGUGGCUGGACCAGGCCAACAUCCGCAUCGAGGAGUUGGAUCUCACGCACGGGCUGCCAGAGCACCUCGUAUUAAACCAGCCACGUGCCGAGCACGCGCCUGACACGCACCACCCACGUGCUGCGACUGCUGCUGCAACAUCCGCGUUUCCUCUGCCUCCUGUCGUUCCUUCACCUUCUGCUUCUGCUGCCGCUACAACUGGUACAGGCGGAGCGGCUACAGCAGGAGAUUUUCACCACAAGCUUUCUUCUCACUCCUCCUUCUCGGGCGUUUCCGCGAGCUCGCCGCGCCACAAGCACCACCCCACGCUCCGCUCCCUCUCGUCCUCUCUCCUGAACCAUCUUGGCUUCCACCAGCGCCCCCACUCUUCCCCCCGCUCCUCCCCCUCCCCCUCCGCUUCUGCCUCCGCCUCCGCCCCCCCCUUGAAGACCCGCCAGAAGCCUAAAAGGCACAGCAAGGAGUUCGCACUGAGGCCGAACCCGCAGCAGCAGAUUCACCACUCCCAGCCCCCAUCUGCACCACUCCCCAUCCCUCACCACCAUGGCUCUUCCUCCCCUGGUGUGCCCCAUGGUCUCAUUCACCAGGUCAAUUUCACCACUCUUCCUCCUCCCCCGGAAUGCUGA